GUUUGUAACUCAAGAUGAAAGUGUUUUCAAUCCUCGCCGCAGCUCUUGUUGCUCUGUCGUCGACGGUAGACGCCCAGCGACUUCUGCGUUCCGAGGCUUCAGCCACGACGGACUCCACCGUCAGCACCACCGACUUCAACACGCUCAGCUCCGGUUCGGGAUUCACACCGGGCAACGUCGAGGCGCAGAGCAGCUUCGGGGCUCUCGACCAUGGCGGCUCAACGGGAGGCAACCGACCUUCGGGAUCCAUGCACGGAGGUGGCGGCCGUGGUCACCACGGCUCGGGUCACGGGGGCAUGCACAACGUCGGCUCUGGUGAGGGUUUCCCCGUCAUGGGUAGUGGCUCGUUCGGUGGACACUUUGGCGGCGGUCGUCGAGGCGGCGGCUCCAUGACCGGAGGUGGCUUCGCUGGAUCGAUGGGAGGCUUCGGCGGCUCUGGCUUCGGUGGUGGUGACUUCGGCGGGUCAUUUAGUGGCGGGAUACCGUCCAUCAGCUCGGGUGAGGGGCCCAAGGAAGGGUCUGGUGAAGCUCUUGCUGCUGCAACAACUACGACUAGUACCGCUGGUUCCGUCGCGGCAUCGGCUGCGGCCUAA